AUGCCUGGUGUUCCCCCCGACGCUCUUGAACAGGUGAAGAAGGGCUUCAAGCGCUUCUUCAGCAGUCGCAAGAAGUCAGCUAAGAAACAGCCCGCCCAGAAGACCGAACCUACCCCUGCUGCCGCCACUGCUGCUACUGCUGCCCCCGUUGCAGCUGCGGCCAGUGAGACAGCUCCCGAGAAACCCACCGCCCCCGCUGCCACCCCGGACUCCGUCCCCGAUGCUACUAAGGCACCAGAAGCACCGGAAGCAAAGGAUGCGACCACUGCGGCGCCUACUGCCCCUGAGAUGACCGCUACUGCCGGUCCUGUCGAGACCCAUUACGAGCCUGCUCCUGCUGCCGCUGAGUCUGCGCCGGUUGCCCCUGCACCCGCUGCGCAGUCUGAGGCUCCCGUUGCUAAGCCCGAGGAGCCUACCAAGACUGAGGAGGCUGCCAUCAAGCCAGAGGAGCCUGUCACUAAGACCGAGGCCCCUGCUGCUAAGCCCGAGGAGCCUGUCGCUAAGACUGAGGCCCCUGCUACCGAGGAACCCGCUGCCACACCUGAGGCCGCCCCUGCUGCACCUGCGGAACCUGCCGCCAAGACCGAUACCCCUGCUAAAUAG